ACUGUAGGAUCAGCUGUUGCGGUGUUUUUGAAUCAGUGGCGCUUAAAUGACAGAUGAGGCGAUAUUCCGGUGUUUCUGUGUAAAUUAUGAAUAAGACUCUGUGUGAGUCAAUUAGAUGGUAUGUCAGUCAAAUAAAGGGAUCAAAUCCUGAAGACAUUGCUGAUGGUGAUAACUUUACAUGUGUCGAGUUUAAUGAGUCUGGAGAAUUGUUAGCUACUGGUGAUAAAGCAGGUCGUGUUACGGUUUUUAGAAAUAAUAAAGAUGCUGGAUUAUAUGAUAUUUAUUGCACAUUUACUAGUCAUGAACCAGAAUUCGAUUACUUAAAAUCUCUGGAGAUCGAAGAAAAGAUUAAUUCAAUUACUUGGCUUCAAGCAUACUCUUCCGCUCAUCAUCUUCUUUCAGCUAAUGAUAAAACCAUUAAAUUGUGGAGAUUAUCAGAAAGACACUAUGAAGCCUAUAAUUUUAAUAUACGUGACGAUGAGAAUGCUAGUUUAUGGGAUGAAAGCACGGAUCGACUGAAUAUGAUCGGACCACCAAUUCCUCACAUAAUAACUCCAGAUAAACUGCGUAUUCCGAAGUUUCGUAAAUCUCGUCAUCUUACAAUUGAAGCCCGCCCACGACGUUUAUUUGCUAAUGCUCAUGCUUAUCAUAUAAAUGCGGUUUCUGUAAAUUCUGACCAAGAAACAUUUCUUUCGGCUGACGAUUUACGCAUUAAUCUUUGGCAUUUAGAUGUGUCCGAUCAAUCAUUUACUAUUGUCGAUUUAAAACCCUCAAAUAUGGAGGAUUUAAGUGAAGUUAUUACUUGUUCACGGUUUCACCCUGUUCAAUGUAAUAUACUCGCCUAUUCAACUAGUCGAGGUUUGAUUCGGUUAUGCGAUAUGCGAUAUCGUGCUCUAUGUGACAAUCAUGUACUUGUGUUUGAGGAUCCAAGUCUUUCACAAAAUCUGGGAUUUUUCGCCGAUAUUAUUGCAAGUUUAUCAGAUUUUCGCUUCGGUCAUACUGGAAAUUAUCUUUUAGCCAGAGAUUAUUUAACACUGAAAAUUUGGGAUAUGAGAAUGGGCGAUCGACCGUGUGAAAUUUAUUCAGUUCAUGAACCAUUUCGAUCACAACUUUGUAUGUUGUAUGAAAAUGAUGCUAUUUUUGAUAAAUUCUUAUGUGGAUGGUCUGAUGAUGAUAGGUAUGCAAUAACGGGAUCUUACGGCAACCUCUUUCAUAUAUUUGACCGUCACAAUGGCUUUGAUUGGUUGUAUGACCUUGACGAUUCAAACAAUCCUUAUAGCACGAAUUCUGCAUGUAAUACUGGGAAUUACUUAUCACCUAAACGUUUUAUGUCUCCUGAUGAUCCCAUUGGAAGUCGGUUAGGUUUAUCGUCAAUUUUCGUAGCACCGUUGGAUGCUGUGGAAGCUCUCUUUCCAGAAACUACAAGUCAAACCAGUUCGCAUAGCAGCCAUAGUGAUAGUGAUUGGAAUAAAUUUGACGAUAGUUCGAACACCUUAGAGGUGUCACCUGGUAGAACGAAGCUAUCUAACUGUCAAUUAGAAGAUCUCAACCCUCCAGAGAAUACUCCCUCAGCACCUCCAACAGGUUCGAAGCGUCGAAAGCAAAUCCUUCCUUCUCGUGCCGACAAUUCUACUGAUUCCCAUUGUGCUGUACAAAGUGAACACGAAAAAGCCCGUAGUAGUCACCACAAAAGUAAACAUCGUCAUCGCAACAAUCAUUCUCAAUAUGAGAGGAUAGAGAAAUGUGGAUACGGUGUUAGUUCUUCUUGCACAGAACAGAACUUAAAUGAUAGUCAUGAGUUAUCAAGUGUCAUUUUAAAUUCACUGCCUGUCAAAAAUAUGCCUAUCGAAGAAUUUCAAUCGGGGACGUCAGCUGUCCCUGGAAUGCACCAGAUACACUGUCAACGUAAAAUACUUCACUUAUCAUGGCAUCCAAAGAAAUUCCUUACAGUAGCUCUAUCGGGUAAUCAGAUGUUUCUUGUUUCAGGUCAGCCGACAUUCAGUGGUACAUUGCCUUCACAGAAGGAUUCGAGUCAUUGCUCUUCCUGUUUAUCUAAGUCAACUGACGAUGAGAACAACAUAUCUAGUGGACAAUGUGAAGCGAGAUCCACACCUAUAAGAGAUAAAGUAACUUCUAUUUCAUUCAAAAGUUCAAACGUGAAAGCUGCUAAACGUCGUCGCCGACGUCAUCAUCAACCAGAUGGUUCAAAUUUGGUCAAUGCUUUCCCCAACUUAACUGAUAGGAGAGAGAAUCAAAUUUCUGAUAUUGAUGUCCUUCCUGAUGGUUCUGUGGUUCGCGGAAUGGAUUACACAACGAAUUAUGAAGCUGACCACGAAGAUAAUUAUGAUGAGCGACAUACCUCUGAAACACAACUAGAUUCUAUAAGCUCUGAUCCGAAAAGUGAAAGCGUCCCAUGUAUAAAUUCCUUAUUUCCGUUAUCAAGAGAAACAUUCUCAACUAAUUUGAACGAUGUUUUACAGUGAUCAUGUUUUUCUUAUCAUUUUGAUUGUCUUCCUUACCAUGUCUCCAAUUUUUGCCUGACUUCAUCUCAGGGUUGACAUAUUUCCAUUAUCAAUUUCUAAAUCAUCAAAGGUGUCGUUGUUAAUGCUGAAAGAGUAUUUCAUAUAUUUUGGGAUAAAUGCACAAUAGUACAUGCAUAAUAACAUACGCACACACACGUAGGCGGGCAGAGAGACAUGAGUUCAGAUAUUCAUAAUCUCUUCCCUGUAAGAAUGCUGACUCACAAUAUCAUGUUGCACACUGCUAUUUUAUAGUCUUCUAUUAAGAAAUAUAUUUCCUACCCAUCAUUUCCCUUUGCAAUGUCUAUUCAUUCUGAGCUUGAUUGUGUUUCAUCCGCAUAAGAUAUGCGUGCCUUUACAGUACAAAUUAUUGUAAAUGAACUCGAAGAAUUGUAAAUGACUAACUGGAAAUCUUUUCCCUAGGUUGUAUUCCAUUUCAAAAGUAUAACGUUGUAUAUUUUUCGUGCAUUUCUAAUUUAGCAUAAAUUAUACAACAUGAA